AAAGUGCCGUUGGCCUGACCGCAGUCAAAACUGACUGUAUCUUUUGGUGUGUGCAGGUGGACCCAGGCCGGAGACCGCAGUGAGGAUGGGAAGGGGAAGCCAGUUGACAGAGCCAGGCAGACAAGCAGAUGGUGUUUACACCUGGGAAGAGGUGCAGCGCCACUGCAACAGGAAUGACCAGUGGCUUGUCAUCAAUAGAAAGGUUUACAACAUCACGCAGUGGGCCAAAAGACACCCAGGAGGGUUUCGAGUCAUCGGCCACUAUGCUGGAGAGGACGCCACGGAGCCAUUCACUGCUUUCCAUCCCGAUUCAAAGUUUGUGCAAAAGUUUCUGAAGCCGCUGCUGAUUGGAGAGCUGGCAGCAACAGAGCCCAGCCAUGACGGAAACAAAAAUGCAGCAAUUAUGCAGGAUUUCCAGGCUUUACGUACGCAGGCGGAGAACGAGGGUCUGUUUCGAUCUCAGCCUUUGUUCUUCUCCCUCCACCUGGGUCACAUCCUGCUGCUGGACGCCCUCGCCUGGCUGAUGGUUUCGCACUGGGGAACCAGCUGGACCAUGACGUUUCUGUGCGCGGUCAUACUGGCAACCGCUCAGUCGCAGGCCGGAUGGCUGCAGCAUGACUUUGGCCACCUGUCGGUCUUCAAGAAGUCCAGCUGGAAUCACUUAGUGCACAAGUUUGUCAUCGGCCAUUUAAAGGGAGCCUCUGCAAACUGGUGGAAUCAUCGGCAUUUCCAGCAUCACGCCAAACCUAACGUCUUCACUAAGGACCCUGACAUCAACAUGAUGGACAUGUUUGUACUUGGAACCACUCAGCCAGUGGAGUACGGCAUAAAAAAGAUCAAAUCAUUGCCCUACAAUCACCAACACCAGUACUUCCAUCUUAUUGCACCGCCGCUUCUCCUUCCAGUUUUCUACCACAUCAAUAUAGUACAGACCAUGAUUUCUCACCGCUUGUGGGUGGAUCUGGCUUGGUUUAUGUCUUACUACGUUCGCUUCAUGUACUUUUAUGUACCUCUGUAUGGCGUGUUUGGCUCAAUGGGGCUCCUGCUCUUUGUCAGGUUUCUGGAGAGUCACUGGUUUGUGUGGGUGACUCAGAUGAAUCAUCUGCCGAUGGAAAUUGACCACGAGAAGCACCGGGACUGGCUGAGCAUUCAGUUGCAAGCCACCUGUAAUAUCGAGCAGUCCUUCUUCAACGACUGGUUCAGUGGACACCUCAACUUUCAAAUCGAACACCACUUGUUUCCCACGAUGCCGCGCCACAACUACUACCUUGUGGCCCCGAGGGUCCGUGCACUGUGUAAGAAACAUGGGAUUCCUUACCAGGAGAAAACGUUGUGGCGAGGCUUCGCUGAUAUUACUGAGUCACUGAAGAGCUCAGGGGACCUCUGGCUCGAUGCAUAUCUCCAUAAGUGACCAAUGUUAUUCUCUACAUUGUACCUAAAAAAAAAAAAAAGAAGUGAUGUUUUUUCUCCUCUUCGGCAUCAUAAAAUUAUUGUAUCUGUUUGGUUUUAUAAUCCAGUCAAUAGCAUGGGGAUGAUCUUUUUGUAAUGAUGGUGUUAGGGUUAAGUAGUUCAAACUUUUCAGAUUCUAUGCAGGGUUUUUAGUGCACCCAGGAUUUUUUAAAUUGCCUUACAGUAUCUUGAGCAACAGUAGUAUGGUGUUAUAAAUAAAUAAAUAAAUAAUAAUAAAUAAAUAAUAUCUUUAUGUUACCAUAUUUAAUAUACACUUAAUUACAUGUUAGGUUCUGUGUGUGUAGCAUGAAGAGACUACAGACUUUCACUUCAUUAUACAACCUUGUGUUGUCUGAUAAAUAAACUACCUUGAUCCUUCAUCCUUGAUAACUGUGAAAGCUGAUAUUGAGGUGGUGUUUUUUCUUGAUCAUGUGAUACAGUUUGAGCAAUAAAAGAUACAAUUAUGCUGACAAA